ACAAAACAGUCCAUCGCUAGCCAGCCCAAGGCUCGCUCGCUAAAUCAAACCCCUCGUCGACGCGCCGCUCUCUCUCUCUAUCUCCCUCUCUCCCCCCGCCCCAAAUCUUCCGUCGUCCUCAGCGCCCGACGCCGCCGCUCCCGCCGUAGGGCGUGCUCCCCACCAAGCGUGUCCUUAGGGCGUCAGUCCCUCGCUCCAGAAGGGCGUGAAACGUCAUGAUUGUGCAGAGGAAAUAGGCAGGGUUGUGUCUGUGUCGAUACUGCCGGAGAAUUAUUGUUUUUUUUUUUUUUUGGUAUACGUGUUUGUGGGCGUCGUGGGGGCGCUGGUCUGUAGUUCCAGGGCUCUGGAAGACCUGCAGAAGAAGGAGAAGGAGGAGGAGGAGACAAGGGCGUGUUUUUGUGUCCGUGCGCGCGUGUGUGUCCGUCCGUGCGUUCUCUGUGGAAGAUGUGAGGGGCCGUGGAUGUGUCCAUGUAUACCAUUUUGCUCAGCGAGUCCAAACUGAGACCUUAAAAAUCAGUGGUGGUUUGAGUCGUGUUUUCUGUUUUAUAUAUUCUGGAAAAUUAAACCUGUUGGCGUGGCUUCUGAAAUGGCCCAAGAUGUCGUGAGUGGUCUUGAUUCCCGAAGGUUUACGGUUUUCGUGGCAGUUUUUUGAAAAAAAAAAAGAAAAGACACCAGAAAGAGUCAAUAGAGUGAUUGGGUUUUUGUGUCGGAAAUCGGGAAAUAUCGGAGCCGCGUCCUUAUGACCGCACCGUAAAAGCAGUAGUGCCACGGCACGCCCUGCAGAGUGCCGUUAUACUCCCUUGCCCUAUACACAGUUCCAGCCACAGUGCCGUUGGUCCCUCGUCCUAUACACAGUGGUAUAUAUUCGCUCUCCGCCCGCCGCCGCCAUCGCUCUCUAGCGGCCGCCCAGGGAUGUGGGGCUUCGAGGCCAAAGGGCCCCGGGCUUCCAACUCGACCGUCAACGACGCCACCAUGAGAGGACAUGGCGGCUGGCGCCUCCUGCUGCCUCUGCUCCUGCUUAAACUGUGGCGUCUCUAGCUUGGCUCUGGAGGACGAGGGAGCAGCAGCAGAAGGUAGACAGCAGAAGCAGCAGCCAUCAUUGGUCGGAAAGGCAGCGGCGUUCGCUGCUGAAGGAGCAGCAGCAGCAGCAGCAGACGAAGGAGGAGGAGGGCGUGGGCGCGGAAAGACAGCAGGCGGCCUCGCAGUCCGCCCAUGUCCCUAACAGCCCAGGAAGUGGUGGAGCGCGCGGGCGUGGAGUUAUCGAAGUGCAUCACGGGCCUGGGUCUUCGCUCCCGUAGUAGGGACAAGGAAGGGCGUAGCAGUAGCGACUCCGCUGGGGGAGGAGGCCCGGCGGCUUCUUCAGCAGGCGCCGGUAGCAGCAGCAGCGCAGCAGCAGCAGGAGGAGGAGGAGGGGUAGGGAUAGGAGGGUCGUCUCCCGUAGGAGGCGCAGGAGGAGGAGGAGGAGGAGCUGGUGCCCUCGACACCAGCAGCAGCAAGAUGGGGUCUGUCCGGAGACCGGGUGUCAUGGAGAAGGUGGCGAACGUCCUCUGCGGCAACAGCGUGGCCGCAAGCGGCCUCGUCAACGGGAAGACCAAAGGGGACAAGCCCCUCCCGCCGGAGAAACCCAGUCGUUUCCUGCUGGGGAAAGUUCGCAACGGGACGACGGCGACUUCGGCGGCCUCGUCUAACCCGGUGGUCCCUUACAACGGCCACCACCACCACCACCACCACCACCACCAGCAUCAGCAGCAAGGGGGGUCGCCGCGCCCCAUGCACAGGGCCAACCACCGGUCGCCCUCGCACCUCCUGAGGGGCCACCGGUACCUGACGUGGGACGAGCUGAUCCGAGACGAGACGUUCCUGGACAAGCUCUUCUCGUACUUCACGCCCAUCGAGCGGACGGUGCUGGCUCAGGUGUGUCUGCGGUGGCGGGCGGUGCUGUACCAGCCGCGCUUCUGGCACGGCAUCCGCCCCGUCCUGAACUGCCGCGAGAUGCGGCACAACAACGUCGAGUUCACGACGGACAUGCGUCGCCGCUUCUACGUGUCGGUGCAGAAGCGCGGCUUCGACUCGCUCGUCCUCAUGUGCGCCAACGACGAGGACCUGAUGGACCUGGUGGCCAACUACGCCGUCAACCACACGAAGGCCCUGCGCUCCGUGGCCCUCCGGUGCUCCAACGUCUCCGACAAGGGCCUCGAGACGCUGCUCGACCACCUGAACGGCGUCUACCAACUCGAGCUGCAGGGCUGCAACGACGUCACGGAGGCCGGCCUGUGGGCGUGCCUCAACCCGAGGAUCGUCUCCCUCAGCGUGGCGGACUGCAUCAACGUGGCCGACGAGGCCGUGGGCGCCAUCGCCCAGUUGCUGCCCUCGCUCUACGAGCUCAACCUGCAGGCGUACCACGUCACGGACGCCGCCCUCUCCUUCUUCAGUCCGCGACAGACGUCGACACUUUCCAUCCUGAGGCUUCACUCCUGCUGGGAGCUCACCAAUCAUGCCAUCGUCAACAUAGUUCACUCGCUACCCAACCUGACGGUGCUGAGCCUAAGCGGGUGCAGCAAGAUCACGGACGACGGCGUGGAGCUGGUGGCGGAGAACCUCCGGAAGCUGAGGUCCCUGGACCUCUCGUGGUGUCCGAGGAUCACGGACGCUGCCCUCGAGUACAUCGCCUGCGACCUCAACCAGCUGGAGGAGCUCACCCUCGACAGAUGCGUCCACGUCACAGAUAUAGGCGUAGGGUACAUCUCGACGAUGCUCUCUCUCACGGCCCUCUUCCUGAGAUGGUGCUCUCAGAUAAGGGACUUCGGCGUCCAGCAUCUCUGCUCCAUGAGAAACAUCCAGGUUUUGUCUUUGGCAGGCUGUUCGCUCGUCACCUCAGCCGGAUUGUCCUCGCUGGUCCAACUGCGCCAUCUGCAGGAACUGGAGCUCACCAACUGCCCUGGAGCUACCCCGGAGCUCUUCCACCACCUACACCUCCAUCUACCCAAGUGCCUCAUCAUCGAGUAGAAGCAGCGGCGGCACCAGCGGCAGAAAUCUGGAAGAAGAAGAAGAAGAAGUAGAAGAAGAAGGAACCGAAUCAACUCGCUUCUUCGACGUUUGAGAGGACGACGUCAUCAGAAAACGGGUGUGUCAAUAAACUUUAAAAAGAAAAAGAGUUCUCAACCUUUUUUUUUCAAGUGGGAACUCUUUAUAUAAAUAUUAUAUAUACAUAUAUAUAUAUAAUGUUCUCCCCUCCCCCCGCCCCACAAUCUUGUAGUGAUAGAUGGUUUUCUUUUAGACUUGGUGAGUGUUCGCUGAAAUGUCUGAGGAAGGAGAGAGGAAAAUAAAGGCGCAAAGAAGAUCCCCUCGCGCAAAAAAAUCCCCCUUAGAAGACAGAUGAUUUUCUGUAUAUAAAACAAAUUCUGUGGUGUCGUGUGGCGAGAAUUCCCCGUCUCUUUGUUUAUUAGACACAAAAGAGAAGGAAGAAGAAGCACAAGUCUUGCUUAUAUUCCAACUCCAAGAAGCAAGUGAGACGCAAGUGGAAGCUAUACUAGUGUAGUCAAGUGAUAACUCAGAUAUAUGAAUCACUUUAUCGAUAGACUUCAACAGAAAACGUAAGACUUCAACAGAAAACGUAAGCAAGUGCUGUGGGAAUUAAAGAACAGAGACGAGGAAGGGCGUGAAAUUGCGAGAUAGCACAAGCACAUAUGCACACAUACACACACACAAACAAACACCAGCAGUUUGUGAGGAGGGUCCAGUGAGAUAUGUAUAAAUAAAUUUGGUGAUAUAUAUAUUUUUUUCUGUUUUCACUUUGUUUACUUUUUGUUUUCUCUUUUAGCAAAAAAACAAAAAACAAAAGACGUAUUUUACUUUAUCGUGCAUGAGCUAUGUCUUUCAGUGUGAGUAAUUUAGUCACUUUUGAGUCUGUGUAGCAUAUUUAUAAUUAUUUUGUGCCAUAAGCCUCAGAGAAUUUGCAAUCCUCAACACAUGUGUGGUGAAAGAAUGUAUGGAUAAAUCACGUGUAUAAACAUGCAAGUGCAUGAAUGUAUGCAGUUAUACAUUGAUGCCACAUGUUUAUGUAUGUGUACGGUGCCAUGGCUAUGUCCUAGCUUGGAAUUCAUCCUGAAAUUAGCACAAUAUUCGACAUUUUCUUGUCUCUCUAAGGUAUGGUAAGGUGUAAGGCCAUUGGAUCCUGUCAUUUCAGAAUUGUACACAUCUUUCAUGGAUGGUUUUUAUGUCAUAAUAUGAAAGACAAAGUAUCAAGAUGCCUGUAGAGGAAGAGGAAAGCUGGCGACUUGUUUGCAAAAAACUUAACCUAACCUAACGUAGGGUCUAGAGUGCAUAUUGCUUACGUCUGCAAAAGCGGUGAGGUCCCACCUACUAUAUAUCAGUUUUAACUCAUGGUUCCUCAUGUAUUUGUGAUGUUCAGGUUAUCUUCAACCUUCUCUCAAUUGGCUUAAUUGGUAUAUCUUGUAAACAUACCCUAACUUGUAGGAAGAAGAUACAGUAUUUUGUGGGACAACAUUUUGAGGCCAGUUGCUAAUGUUGAUGUGAAUGGUAGUAUCAUGAGAAAAAAAUAAUAUUUUUCAGGAUGCCCCUAUGUUAGGUUAGGUUAAGUCCCUUCCCACCCCUUUGUCUAUCUUGGUUUUUUUUUCACUCAUAUCCAGCCAGCACCAGGAGUCAGCAAAAUACCUCACUAGCGUUGCAAAAACCCAAGACUUUUGUAUCGUUUAAGUUACGGCCUUGAGCCCCAUUAUAUUGUGCGCUUUUGCAGAGUAUGCUGAAGUGUGUUUUUAUAGUCCGGAUGUGUAUGGUACCACAAGCUUUUUCAAAAAUAGGUCCUACGUUAGAUGAUUAUGUCUGUUGUUUUAGAGUAGAGAGGGAACGUAAGUUGUUCUCCUCGAUUCUUUCAUGUAUUGCGAAAGGUAAAGUUACUGUUGAUGGAGUUUUUUAUGUCAGUUUUUUUAUGAAUAAGCUGUGUUUGUGAAUUCCCAUUUCUUUGUCUGUAUAAUCAUGAAACUGAAAGCACAUUGUAAAUGACACAUAUACGUUAUACUACACAGGAUCAGUUUCCCUUGUACAGGAUACAGCGUAGUAUUAGCUCUUGGUUAGACACUUUUGUUAAGACAGUGCAACUAUUGGAUGCCCCGCAGACUUGCAUCCUUUAAACGGCAAUAUUUUGAUUUAUUCGAGAAUGGCGAAGGUUAAUCCCUGAAGAAGCCAGCAGGUCAAUCCGUUUCUGUUCGUUUUGUAAGAAAAUGAGGCUUUAGACAACCUGCUGAGAGCUAUCUCACGUGAUAAUCAAUCGGUUCUAACCCCAAACAGUCCUCAAUCAGAUAGAGACUUCGCGAACUGACUUGUACGCUCAGACUUUAGAAUUCGAAUCGUUUAGACUUCUGAUCAGCCAUCGAGGUUAAACGAACUCUGCCAACACAGACUGCAAAGGCUUGCUUCUCUGACUUGCUGCAUGGGUUUUAACUGCAAAGGCUUGGUUCACUGACUCCUCUGUGAGAUUUCCAACUGAUAAGGCUUGGUUCACUGACUCCUCUGUGAGAUUUCUAACUGAUAAGGCUUGGUUCACUGGCUCUCUGCAUUGGUUUCUAACUGCUAAGGCCUGGUUUGCCUACUCCUAGCAAAGGUUCUAACUGCAAAGGCUUGGUUCACUGACUCACUGCGUGGUCUCUAACUGCUAAGGCCUGGUUUGCCUACUCCUAUCGAGGUUUCUAACCGCAAAUUCUUUAACGUCAGCUCGCUUUGAUUUCUGCAAAUAACAAGAAACUGGCUACAGAGCAGCUAAGAUCAACAUGAAGACAAAAUUGUCGCGUUGUCAGUGACAAAUAUGCUACAGGUCUGAGAUGAUGUAUAUGUAUAAAUUCUGGCAAAAACACAGGCUUCAAACACCCUUCAAAUGGAACCUGAUAUUGUGGGCCUACGUUGGCGUUUGUACACGAAUGUUACCAGGGUCUCACUAGGUACUUGCUGAUGAACAGAGUCUCCUGAAACAUGAUUAGGAAAUUCUUCACCCGUAUAGGUCUGUGUGAGAAGCUUGUCAGAAUUACCACAGCAUUGGCAGUGGUUGAAUAGUUCUCCAGAUUGCUAGAUCUGUCUUUUGAGUUGACGUUUCAAAUCCUUUAUUUGGGGACUAUAAGUUGAUUAGAAGUGUUCGUGUUGUAGUAGGUGUGUUAUUCUCAACUGAGAGGUAGGUGUUGGCAGAGGUUAUUUGAUUCUUGUUGGCAGACUAUGGUACAAACCCCUUUGUAGAAUCACCAAUAACUAUAUACUGACAGACACCCAACUCACACAGAUAUUGUUUGUGACGUAGACAAUGACUUGUAAACUGUGAAACUGCCACAGAAUCCAGUUUCCACACUACUUGAAUAGUUAAGAGAACUUAGUCACACAAGAAUGUCACCCUUAGAGAGAGAAAUUUAGCUUUGGAAGUUAGCGUCAAAGACGUCUUAGUUUUUCUUUGGAAUAGAGAGCAUGUCUUUGAAUAACAGCCCUUUGGCAACUUGGGAGCAUGAAGUAAGCAUGAAAUAAUUAGAAUACUCAUCAUAUAACAGCAUCAUACGACUGUAGUACCAUACUGUAUUUCUUUACCUGGUUGCAUUUUGUACUAUACAAUCUCUGGGAGCGUGUGAGAUAAUAUGACGUCUGGUUUUGUCAAAGAAGAGACAGAGUGUAUCAUAUAGCAGUCAGUGGUUGGUGUCAGGCACCUUUAUAUAUCUUAUAUACAAUCAUUAAAAUGUCCAAUUUUUGAAUCAUCCUUUGUUUUUUUUUAUAACAGAUUUACAUGUACUAGUCAUUCAUUGUUGAUUUGAAUGUCCACUCUUUCUUGACCUGUCCUUCAAUUUCACAUGGAAACUUUUGCUUCAGAUGAUAGACACCCCCUUCUCUCUCUCUCUCUCUCUCUCUCUCUCUCUCUCUCUCUCUCUCUCUCUCUCUCUCUCUCUCUCUCUCUCAUCAUUCUAUUAUCAAACAUUAGUCUAGUGAAACAUUCCAAAAGUGUGCCUCUGAUAGAUUAAAUUUCUUACCCCCAUUUUAACCUCAGUUAAAAGAUUGCAUGCUGAAGAAUAAUUGUAGAUACUUGUAUACUCUGAAAGGACUAUUUAUGCAUGAUGCUUUUUGGGGGCUGGUUGUUUUUGGCCUGUAAAAGACAGGGAGAGAAACGCAUCCUGAGGUCAUGUUGAAAUGGGUUUGUUUCCAGUUCCAGAUUAACCCUUUCGUAGGGCACCUGGGAACGUUGUAGCCUUUCCCAGUGUCUGGGGAGGAUUGUGUGUGUAAAUUAGAUGCAGGUUUUUGGGUGAAAAGAUCUGCAGUAGAGCCUUCUGUACUAAAUGACAUUUCAGUAAAUAUUGUUAUCAACAAGGAAAACUUUCUUGAUUGGCAAUCAGUCAGAAACAGGCUUGAAGUUGAAUAAGACUGAGAGUGGUGGAUCCCUGAACUGAUUUUUCUAUCAAAUAAAAUAAAAUAAUCACCAGUUUUGUAGCUACUGUAGCUUGGUCAUUUUGAUAUAGAAAAAAAAGGAUGCUUUGUCAGUCUGGCCCAUAGUAACCACACGAGGCAAAAUUUGACUUCAGUUGCCUAUGUCACCGGUGCCUGUACUAGGUCUAAGAUUUUCCUCGCUGUAGGUACUUGGCAUGGCAGUCCAACUCAAGUGAAGUUUUGCCUCACAUCUCUCCAGCAGGACUGGAAUUUAGCGGUUAAGUACUCAUUAUUGUAUUUAAUAUUAAUUAGGUUAUGCUCCUAGAUGAAACGAAAAAAAGACGUGGAAGAAAAACAUAAAAAAACUGCAGUAGAAUGACACUGUUGAGCUCCGAAGGAUUUUGACAUUGAGUGAAACGUGUAGUUACAGUUUCUAACAUUUCCAAUGUAUAACCCCCCCACCCCCCUGGUUAAUAAUGUUUUGACAUUGAGUGCCAUUUUAGUUGUAAACAGUUUAUAUUUAUGUUAUUUUGUAGUGUUUACUGUUUUUUCAAACUGGGUCUUACUCCAAUGUUGAAAGCUUUCUUUAUAACUAUUGUCUUGUGUACAAAUCGAGAUAGGGCAUCUUGGUUAAAACAUGAAUUAGUUGUAUCACUGUAUUUUCAUCAGUUAGUUGACAAUCCAUCUUGUCUGCCUAGCCAGAGAACUGGGAAGAACAGACAGGCAAAUCAAGAUAUGACUGACUUUUUCAUGUUGUCUCGGAAGGCUGGAAAAAGAGAGGAACAUGUCUUUGGAAAUUCUGCAUAUGGCGGCUUCAAACGAUUGGAGACAUGGUGCUUGGCAAACUUGCUGUUGGAAUCACUUCCAAGCCCUACAAAGUGAGGUUUUUUCUUCCUUGUAUCCAGGGAGAUCUCUUCGAGGCGUUUGAUUCCAAGGCCGCUUACUAUACCCCGAGGUAUUAUCGCUGCGAUCGAAGAGCCCGGCUAGACUUGGUUGGGGAGGUAGUAGGGUUCGGGGCAUACUUUCAGCCUUCGAAUGCUACAGAAGAAGCCUGCGAUUCCAUAUCACACCCACGUCCCACACGCAGCACUCUCCCGCCCUUCUCCGCAGGCCCCAAGGAAAGCUGCUCAUCAACCGUGUGCUAGGGACAAGCAACCAACCAGGAAAAUGCUGAAACCACAGCAGUUCAGAACCUUCUGAAGAAACGAGGCGAGCCAUCUGCCUGUGCGAGGUUUCUAUAGCCUUUGGAUUCUUGGUGUGAUGAUAUCUCAGUGCCCUCAGGAGGGUUACAUCCUUCUAAGGCCAGGUGAUAGGUGCCCAAGAGAAUAAUUUCUUCUAGGUUUUCCUUCCCCUUUCAACAGAGCUUUGAUGGUAGUGUCUCUCGCUCUCUCUCUCUUUCCAUCUUCUCUCGUGUCUUCCCUCUGCUCUUUCUGCUCACGUUCCAUCAACAUUUCAUAAAAAUUGGUCUACUUGUUCUGCGAAUAGACUGCUCUCUUGUUGCACACAUAUAAAUCACACCUUCAGAGACUGGGCAUUUGCACGAGACCACUGGUGGAAGUGGAAUGUUAAUUACAGUUUCAUUUUUCAUUGUGAGACUUAAAAUUCUUGGACUGACCAGCUUGAUCAUCAUUGGUUUUCCCAGCUUCGUGCCAUUCCUUAGGAAUCGGGUCUAUCACCACUGUUUGGAGCGAAAGCCUACCUUUUGUACCUUCCUCCUUCUUAUCCUGGGUUGUUGGGUUUAGGCUGGACAAAGCCAGUGGGGUUAAAAGUUCCAUCACCAUCUGUAAUCAAGGGCUGAGUACAUCGUCUCUACUGCCAUUUUGGGGGAACUGGCCGUCAUUACACUUUAUUCAUUUGUGAAAAGGCCUCCUCCCUGUAAUGGGGCAUUGAAUGAGUAAAGCUCUUGACUUGAGGGAUUGAAGAAGGAUGGGUAGUUUCAGUCGAGGGUAUAACCAAGUCUGGAACUAGACUCUAGUCACUAGAGCCUUGUCUUGUGCAGAAGCCAGACCAGAGAACUUGUUUUAGCAGCUGUGGUACUACCUACUAUGGCGUUGCUACAACUCCCUAAAGAUGGCUGGUAAGAAACCUCAUAAAUGCCAUAGCUAGCAUAUCUUUUAAUGUGUCUGUUCAUUCACACAACACAUAUGAGUCCAAGACAUGCAAUUAGAUAUAUUUUUACCCAUUUCCAGUGGGGUUUGUUGUCAUAUCUUCUGUCUCAAUCGUCAUGACGUGAACUGGCUCAUUCGACCGUUCCUUAAUCCUACGUUGAAUUGACAUUUCAAUGCAAUAAAACCGUAUGCAAAAAAACCAAUAGGUAACAGUGAAUGCAAUAAUCAAUAAAGGGCACUUAUAUAGGCUCAGAGAAUUGCAAUGCUACGGAAAUGGUCAAAUUACACAGGAACUUGCUUCGGGUCCUCCAGAGGCUUUUCGGGAGUGGCCACCUCGUUUCCUUGCUCGUGGGGGACUUUUUUUUAAAAACAAAAAUGCAUUUCUCACAAAAUCGAUUGACAUUUCCUGAAGGGGGUUAAGUAACACUGGGUCCCAUUGAUUGGGGAAAAUAGUCUUGAUGAGAAAAAAAAUCCAAUAAACUAAUAAUGUUUAGCUUUUUAGUGUGAUGAGAGUUGACAGGCAAUGUGUGAGUUAUAUAUAUAUAUGUCACGUCUCCACACUUUUGUUGGUCUUUACAAUUUGUCUUGUGAGUGAGUGAGUGAAGAAAGCUGUAAAUAAUAUUUUGUACCUCUAUCUUCAAGAAAAUAUUAGAUGAUAUAUAAAUAAAUAUAUAUAUGAUUAUAUAAAUGUAUAUACGGUAUACUUAAACAAUGCUAGAUAACGCUGUACACAAAACUUAACAAGCUAAUGUCUAAGGAAAGCCAUUUAUACAUUAUAGAGUAAUCAUAAUACCACUAGCAGGCAAGCCCUUCCCCGCCCCCCCCCCCCUUGCUGCUUGCAAGCAGAAAUUUCCCCCUCCCCACCCCCCUCCAUACUCAUUCUGCUUCCCCUCCCCCGUUUCCAAACCUUCCCACUGACAGUUCCCUACUACUAAUAGAUGUUCCUUGACAGCUAAGAGACGUAUUAGUAUAUAUAGGCCUGCGUAGGCCUAGACACAACUGGAAUAUCAGAGAGAAUAUGAAGUUUUAACGCAGCAUAAUUUUGUCAAGAAUUAUUUAUUUUUUUGUCUCUUCCCUUCCAUGAUUGUUACUCAUUAUUGUAGUUUAUCGUUUGGGUGAUUCUCCGUUUGAGUAUUGUUAAUUGUACUACAACUACAUAUAUAUAAAACACGCCCUACACAAACACACACAAACACACACACACACCAGAUUCUCUCCUCUCCCUCCAAGAUCAAAGAAUUAGUCCGUAGCGUUGAAAACGAGCCCCCGUUAUAUCCGUUAGGUGAAAUAAAAACACAACUAGUUUCCAAAUCCCCCUCCAACAUCUGAUUUGUGUUGUUUAAUGUCCUUUCUACUAAGUGUGUGCCUCAAAAUCCACUCUUUAAAAAAAAAAAAAGUCGUACUAAUUUCAUUCGAAUCAGGGUUUCGCAAACCAAGGCUUCUUCAGUAACUGGUAACUCCCAGUAACUCACGCAAACGUUGGUUGCUGACACAUUGGUACUAUAUAUAUAAAUAUAUGAUGGCAGAGUCGACUGUUCACUCAGCCAUGUCAUUUUUGUACGUGUAUCAUUUCAAACCGUGUUCUCUCUCUCUCUCUCUCUCUCUGUUAUUAUUGUACCUGUUUCUUUCUCAUGUGGUCCGUGUAAGAUGAAGAUACUACAGAGAUGUUACCUGAGAUGAUCAAUGUCCAGACCUUUUAAUUAAAAAAAAUAAAAAAAUAAAAACUACAUGUGUACUAUGCUCUUCAAAUACAGGAAUAUUGCAGUAAUAA